AUGUCUCGCAUAAGCCAUAAGAAGAAAGAGUCGUUCAUUUCAUAUUGCGUCUGCACUCUGCAGUACAAAGCGACCACAAAUUUUGGCGAUCAUGUAGCGCAGUUCUUACCACAUGCAACUACCAAGUUAAAUCGGGGGGACAAGGGAACCUUCGAUCAAAUACGCUCAUGGAUUAAAGAAUGCGACUGUUGGCACGACAAUUGUGUGAGGCGCGAAUCAGAGCUCCCCGUGAGGUUGAUAGAUCUCGCCAAGUUCUCAGCCAAGGAGCAAAAGCUGAGAUUGUAUAUUCCUAGAGAAGGAGAAGCAGGGCAGUAUGCAGCACUGAGCUACUGUUGGGGCUAUUCGCAACCAGUCAUCACAAAGGAUGUGAAUCUGUUGCGGCACUUGCGCAAGAUCUCGUACGAUAACCUCCCGCAAACACUGCAAGAUGCAAUCAAAACAACCAAAGCUAUGGGAAUUAGGUUUCUCUGGGUCGAUGCCUUGUGUAUUGUACAGAACUCGGAGCGUGACAAACAAAGGGAAAUAGCGAAAAUGGCCAAGAUCUAUCAGAACGCUUAUUUCACCAUAGUGGCUGCCUGUUCCACAAGUUCAGCUGAAGGCUUCCUCCAGGUCAGAGAUGGUCUACCACCAGCCCUGGAGAUACCGGUUGGUUGUGGUGAUGGAAAAAUUGGCAGCCUUGCUUUACUGCCUACAUACGAGAGCCUAAGGCACGAACCGCUACACGAAAGGGCCUGGACGCUGCAAGAGAUGAUCUUAUCGCGACGAUUGUUGAUUUUUGGGAAGGACUCUGUGGGAUGGAAGUGCGAGCAAAUGGAUCGUAGACUCUAUCGCUGGACAGAUUGGAAUGGCUACUGUGCAUCUACCGGACUGACAACAAUUCGCUUUGCACCGGGCGGUAAGAUCGUGCGUCCAUCGCUAAGCAUCUACUCAGCAAACAUAAGCUCUUUCAGCAACCCUUCGCACUUGGCAGAAAGACAGCCGUACAUCUUUCGACUGUGGAGAGAUGUAGUGAAAGACUACUCGACUCGCUUGAUGACGAAUGAAGGAGACAAACUGAGUGCGAUAGCUGGAAUAGCGGCGUAUUUUGAAGGAGUCAUGAAUGAUGUGUAUCUUGCGGGCCUGUGGGCCAGACAUCUCUUGCAGGAGUUAAGUUGGCACGUUUAUAACGCAAAGCGACCAGCCAGAUCUAGGGCUCCUUCAUGGUCCUGGAUGGCUUUGGACGGUCCUGUCACUUUCCAAACAGAUCAUUGCGAGUGGUACACGCCUAUCGUCGAAGUCAUCUCUUGUACUGUCACACCUGUUUCGCCAACUGCGCCCUUCUCGAGCGUCACUGGCGGCGCCUUGGUUUUGGACGGAGCAUUCAGCUCACCCAUUUCAUUUCUUUCUAGAAGAAGACAACUUCUCGCAGAAAUCACUGACGAUUUUGGUAUGGGUGGUGAGCCCGAAAUCCUCGAUGGGUUUGGUAUGGAUAGCGACCAAGAGCAAGAUGGGAAUGAUCUCUACAUGGGAAUUGCUCGAUGCGUUGCGACCGCCUACUAUGAGGAAGAUGUUUCCGUGGGACGAACAUCCACUUGGGGGCUUAUUCUCAGGCCUUUGGCCGAUAGCUCUUCUACGUCGCUUGUAUACGAACGUGUUGGAUGGUUUAAUACUUCUGUUUGGAAUUCCGGCAAACGAGGUGCCAUCACGAUAGUUUGA